AUGGCUGGUCCUUCCACACAACCUGAGGUGGAGUCAGUAUGUCGACGAUUUCAAAACAAGCUGCUCACAGAGUGGUACCACGAGGCAGCAUGCGGCCGGUACUUUGUCGAUAUAUCUAAAUUGCUGGCAUGGAUGGUGGAAACCGACACCAACCAGGGGAGAAAGGCCAACCAGGAGACAAAAAAUGUUGGCAGACUCCUCCGGGAACUCCACCACCGCAAGGCGCACAAACCCAUGUUCUACGACUCGUCCGACACGAUUGCGAGCGCCCUUCUUGUCUUCGGUAUCCUCUUGGAGCUUGGUCAUGGAGAUCUGAUUCAUGUCUUCCGUCGAGCCAAUAUCGUUGAUCAGCACCUAUUGUCAGCUCCGCACUUCUACCCAAACGUCCUGGAUGAAUUGCAGAAGGAUGAAUUGCUUAGGGAUUCACUGAGCCCUACUAAGGUAAAAGCUAUCAUCGAUGAUUUCGACCGCAAAAGGUGGUCAUAUACACCAGUCACAAUCAACUACAAGAUGAGCAUGUCCCUGCAUGGUGGGAACCGGGUUCUACCUUUCUUACGGAAAGAGUCGAUCAAUGGCAAAGGCGGCACCGCCGAAGUCUACCAAAUUUUGAUCCAUGAGGACUAUGUGAAUGACGCUAUGAGAAAAGCAAUCAUUGAGUCACGAUUCUACGACAAAGAUUUGGGGUGGUGCUAUCAGUUGGCUCUGAAAACUUACUCCCCUGCAAACAAAGGCUACUUUGACUGGGAGAAGACGGCAUUCGAAGGACUUCGAGGCCAACCAGGAAUGGUACAACAUCUUGGUGACUACACCUUUGAAGAGAUACCCGACAUGCCUGACUCACGGACCUACAACAUUCUUCUUGAGUUUGGAGAACUGGAUCUCGACGAGUUCUUUGCAGACCAGCACUCAUACCCACCCGUUCGAACACCUGAGAUCAUUGCCUUCUGGAGAGCAUUGUCCAACGUGGCUGAAGCCAUCAAGCGGCUUCACAAUCUGGUCCGGCAAAGUGGGGACGGUUUCACCGACGAGUACCACGGCUGGCACGCCGAUAUCAAACUUGAUAACAUCCUACGCGUGCACGGGGAAUUCAAGCUCGCGGAUUUUGGAUUUGCAAAAUUCAAAAGGCGAAGGAACGAACUCCCAACGGAAUAUAUCGAAGGGGGAACUCAGACCUAUGGGCCUCCUGAGACUGAUCCCAUUCUGACUCCCGUCACCCAAACCAUCGACACCUGGUCUUUUGGUUGCGUUCUAUCCGUCGCAGCCACCUGGGUUAUUCUAGGUUAUCAAGGAAUUCUUCAAUACGAGACGUUGAGAAAGCAAGCUAUUGCAGGUCUGAGAAAACAACGAGAGCAUCAGCCGGACGCCAUCGCUCCCACAGCUCAUGACGCCUUCCAUAAUGGACGCGAUGUCCUCCCAGAAGUCAUUCACUGGCACGACUAUCUAAGCACGAUCGCGCGCAGGUCCGACUCUUUGUCCAGGAAAGUCCUAGGCCUUGUGGAUAGAAAAAUGCUCCUGGGGAACCCAAAGGACCGAAUAUCAUCCACUGAUUUGUGUAAAGAAUUGAACAAUAUGCUGGAGGCCUCGGACAAUGACUACAAGUACCCCCGCAAAGGCACAGGUACACAUCAAUCCGUCCUCACAACCCUCCUGGAAUACGACCGAGGGGCUCCCGCCAACACGACCGAAGCUGCCCGAGCCAAGUCAUCUGGUACGGAGAGGCUUGCUCCAGCCCCGUACUCGAGCUCCAACCCCGUCAGAUAUUCAAUGCGUGGAGCGACAGGCAGUGUCGAAUCUGCUGCUCGGGGUAGCGUACCUCGCAAAACCAGACGCUUCGGAAAGUCAGAGCGACUCGAGAAUAUACCGCGUGGGAAGACAGCACACAGAGCUGAUGACCUCGAGAGGGAACUGAAAGCCCAGACUCAUGUCCCUGAGAGCUCGAGCAUCUCAUGUCUCCUUGACAGUCAAGUUGAGCAUGCUGAAGAGCCCCUGAGCAUAGUGAGGCCUGUACUUUCAAGCCGGUCUUUAGCACCAACCCCCCAGUUGAGACUGAACCACGAGACCAUCGAUAUUGUCCGGCACCAAGAUCAAAGGGGUAAAGGCAGGCCGUUGAAUGAGUGGGAGAAUCCAAGCAAUGAUGUAUCCCCAUUUCGUCCACACCAGACACCCAACGACCAACUUCCCACCCGCUCAUCGAAGAUGUCUGACUAUGAAUUCCAAAGUCACCAGGACGACACACCCAAUGGCACCCAGGGAGAACGGCAGAUGUUCACGUUAGCAGGGGGGCAUGACUCGGUAUUAGGGCAUGCAGCCACUCCAGCAAUAGGAUAUUCCCAGAGCAAUCCAGACCCAUCGAAUAUCUCACCGGCUCCACGACUAUCUCGUGGCUUUGUCCUUACAGAAGUUCAUGUACCUACUCUCGCGCCCACACUCGAUAUUCGCCGAGUACGUGAGGAGCUCGAUAAUCGGUCGAAGCGUCCCUUUGCCACUCCAAAGAAAGACGCUCACCUGAAGAAUGUCAUCAAGGAUCGAGACAUAUAUACUAAGAGCCAAUCCGUCCAGGAAUUUAUCGUCGACAACGGGCCUACAAUGUGGCCGUUCUGGGAUGUAGCAACUUACGUAUUGGAGACGUUAGCGAUGAAAUUGGCCGGGCUGGACGACGACGGUCUCGACCUGGUAUUCACGAUUGGGGAUAAGUACAACCUCAGAAAUGCCAAAAGUUGGAAGACCGCGUCACUGUUCCGCAAGGCUAUGAAGGGCGCAGCCCCCGGUCCCCUCCCCACGGCGGCAGCAGGCAAUGGUCAAAAUGAAACACAAGAAGUACUCCUACGAACGGACAUGACUGCCGUCCUUGGAAGGGUGUUUGACGAUUACCUCGAGACCAACCGGAAAAGGCCUAUGACAUUGCUGAUCCUAACGGACGGCCUGUGGCUGGGCUCGGUCAAAGAAGAUGUGGUCGAGAAGAAAAUUGUUGAUUUUGUCAGGAAACUCAACUCCAUGGAACCGCGGCGGUUCAGUAUCCAGUUUAUCAGCUUCGGCGACCAUCCUGACGCUAUCCGAAGGUUGGAGGGAUUGGAUGAUGAGAUGGAGAAACGUUUUGGGAUUGAAGAUAUCAUCGACACCGAGCCUUGCACAGGUCAAGUCUGGAAAAUGAUCGCCGGGAGUAUUCUCGAAGACGUGGAUGAAGACGAGCACAAGGGUCCGAGCCAGAGUUCAAAUCCCACGACCAGCCCCAGUUCAGCUGGAACAUCGCAUACAAGCACACCCACCGCACCGCUGGGAUCGUUUUCUCCAGACUCAGGGCCGAGCGACGAUAACUAUUCAGUGGGUGAGAAGAUGAUCAAUCUCCUUUCCACUGCGAAGUGGUGUUUUAUCAUAACAAUACUGACGUCUUCUUGCGCCUAG